AUGCCCGUCGUCAAGAUACCAUGCCUCCAGUGCAAGGGCGACGACCAGCAGCCGAAAUGCGGCCGUUGCGAGUCAAAGGGGCUGACCUGCGAGCGCCCAUCGAAGAAGACCGUGUUCCAUCAUGAUUCGUCUGCCAACUUUUCCAAGGAUCAGAAAUGGGUAAGCAGCCAGGCCAAAUUGUUCCAGUUCGACGCGCAUACGCCUGCGCCAGGUCCUGCGACUGCUUCCGCCGCAGCUUCAUCCCCAGCAUCGGGAUCAGGGGUAUCAGGGGCCGGACGUCCGGAUUCACGAGGCGCCGAUGAGCUAAGCUUGAGAGACCGCAUGUCGCAGGACCGAAGUCCUCUGUUCACCACCUCUGGCUCGGCAGAUUUGGGGUCGACGUGUGCAUCGGCGAGUCCCCUCUCUACUACCACCUCUGCUGCUACGCCAGCCAAACGCCGCAAGAUCGACAAGCCCCAGGAGCUUCUGACGCCGCGGGAGGAUACACAAGAGUAUGAUCACCCGCAUGAGCCUCACCCUGCAUGGAACGAGACUCUUCCACCGAUUGCAGAUGCCUUCGCCCCGUCCCCCACGUCAAAUAUGCUCUCGGGCACUGACCUUGCGCCCUUAUGGCCAUCCCACCCGGCCAAACCCUGGUCGGCUGCUCGGUCAGGCAGCAUUUCGCUACCACCACUGGUCCAAGGUCAGAGCGAGGAGUACCGACGGUUCCCGCUCGAGGAUCCCCAGGAAGCCUGCCUGAUGAGCUAUUACAUCUACGAGCUGGCACAUUGGCUUGACCUCGCUGAUCCUGAAAGACAUUUCGAGGUCGUGGUUCCAUUCCGCGCGCGCACGCAGCCACACCUCCUCAAUGCCAUUUUUGCUCUUGCGGCUCGACAUCUCAGCCGCAUGCCGCAGUUCAAGACGCCCCAGGGAGUUGUUUACUUUGGCCAGCUGCUACCAAAGCUCGACAGGCAUUCUUCUGUCGAGUACAUGCUUAGAUGUAUCCCCGCUCUGCGCCACUUCCACGACGCCCAAGACGAUGAGUAUCGAGACAGCAUCAUUGCGACGUGCGUGCUACUCCGUCAGCUGGAAGAGAUCGAUGAUGAAGAGGAUGGUGCUUCAGAGGACGGUCCCCCGCCCUUCACCGUUCAGCCAAUGCAAAAGCAGAUAAACUUCCUGCCCAUCAUCGAUGCGGUGCUGCGGAGCCCUCCGUCGCAGACGCUGUUUGGUCGCAGGAGCCUGAUCCGGGCGUCGUAUUGGAUGGCCCUGAGGCAGGAAAUUUUCCACUCGUUCACGCGGCGGCAGGCACCGCAGAUGAUCCUUGCUGCAGAUUACUGGUCCGGAGCAUCAAGCGCCAACAAGGCGGUCAUGCACACGGUGCAGGUUGUGAAGUGGCGAUGGGGUGAUGGAUCUGCUCAGGAAUGGAGUGAGUGCCCUACGCCGUGUGCUUCAUGGCAAUACGGACAGCGAGGAGAAACACAGCUGACAUGGUUUACUGCAGGUCGAUUGAUCAGGCAGCAAGAACAUCUAGAGCAGGACGUGCUCGUUGAUUUCCUCCCCAUCUUCCGCAGGCCAGCCGACAAGUCAAAAGGCGAGAUAUUCCCCACAGUCUGGUACGGCUCUACGAUCGAAGUCACGACAAUCCAGCAGGCUCUGAUGGCCAAGUCGGUGCUCGCUGCCGAGGACCCCUCUCUCAAAUCUGCGUCGGCUUCGCGCGCAGCUUGGAGGAAGAUGGAAAGCGAUGUCCGCGCACUGAUCCUCGAGCUCUGCGGCAUCAGCCUCUGCCAUCCGUCCUCUCCGCCUGCGAUCCUCAAUGCGACCUGCAUCAUCCAACUCUAUGGCGACUUUUUCACCGACCCAUACGAGCGCCAGGCACUCAAGCGCGUUGCUGAGAAAUACAGGGACGUGAACGCCUGGCCUUCACGGAAGCUGAUGGACAUGUUUGUUUGA